AUGCCUACUUGGACGCAAAUUCAAUCACAGCUUCGCAAUCCCAGCAAUCCGGUGGUAUUCAUGGAUAUUACCGUCGGUACAGCGGAAAUUGGCCGCAUGGUGUUUGAAUUGUAUGCGGAUGCUGUGCCGAAAACGUGCGAAAACUUCCGACAGUUCUGUACGGGCGAGUACAAAAAGGAUGGGGUUCCGAUAGGAUACAAGGGUUCCAGCUUCCAUCGCGUUAUUAAGGACUUUAUGAUACAGGGUGGCGAUUUUGUGAAUGGCGAUGGAACGGGUGUUAUGAGCAUCUACGGUAGUGCCACCUUUCCCGACGAACACUUUUUGCUGAAGCACGACGCACCGGGUUUGCUCUCAAUGGCAAACAGUGGGAAGGACACAAAUGGGUGCCAGUUUUUCAUCACCUGUUCGAAGUGUAACUUCCUCGACUAUAAACACGUCGUGUUUGGGCGCGUCCUGGAUGGGCUGUUAAUUAUGCGUAAGAUCGAAAACGUUCCGACGGGACCGAACAAUAAGCCCAAGCUACCCGUAGUCAUAUCUCAGUGCGGCCAGCUGUAG